ACCUUUUCUCCCCCUUGUUCAAACUUUGACAAUCACCGCUCUCUCUCUCUUUCUCUCCCAACUUCACGUUCAUAAAUUCAACUUCAUUCAGUCAUUUACUCAAACACCUGUGUGCACAGAGAAACACACGCGCAUAAAUUAAAAUCAAUCCACUCAGAUUCAUGAGAAGGCUACCUUGAUUGAAAGAUCUAAUGGUGUUCAAAGGCAGAUUAUUCUCAUCGAAGAAAUCAUCAAGCACUUCGAGUCCUGAUGGAUCCAACAAUAGCCCUAGAUCGUUCGGCUCGAGUUCGAGUUCUCCCACUGGAUCUGAUAAAAAGAAGGUGAAAUCGAAAACUGUUUCGAUUGAUGAUUCAAAUGUUUCGUCACCUAGUAGUAGUGGUGCUAGUACUAAGCAAGAUAAAAAGAAAAUUAAUGAUGUUAAAUUGAGUAAUAGUAGUGUUAGUGCCAGUAAAAGUAAGAGCCCUAGUUUGAUUAGCAGUGGCAGUGGUAAAGGGAAGUUGGGGGUGAAUCGGAAUGUUAAAAAUGAGGUUAAGACUGAUUUGUCUUCGAUUGAGAAGACGAUGAGUGGGUCCGGGAAGGGGAAGAAAGGAGGGGACGGAUUGAAUACUGUUUCGCCGAUUUUGGCUUCGUCGUUAGGGUUGAAUCGGAUUAAGACGAGAUCGGGGCCAUUGCCACAGGAGAGUUUUUUCGGGUUUGGGAGUAGUAGUGGGAGGGAUGGGGGUAGUGGUUAUGGUAAAGGCGGGAUUGGAGUUAGUAAUUUGUCUAAAGGGGGGAAGGAUGUAGGGAGGGGGAAGGCGGAUUUGAGGAAGAAAGAUUUGGGUGCAGAGAAUGUUAGUUUUGUUGGGUGGGCUGAUAAUGGGGGUGGCGAUUCGAGAGAUAGGAUGUCUACUGAACGGGUGGCUUCGAGGGAUCAGAGUCCUGUUCAGGCCCGUUCUCGGUUGCAAGAUGCUGGAACCUCGUCGGCUGAUGCAGGGCAUAUAAAUUCAUCAGGCCAUCCUGGUGGUUUGAAGAGUGCUGAUCUGCUUACUCCAGAAGCAAAGACUCCAUAUGAUUGUGAAAACCCAAAGGAAUCUGAAUCACCCCGAUUUCAAGCCAUACUCCGCGUUACAAGUGCACCAAGAGUGCGGUUUCCUGCAGAUAUUAAGAGUUUCUCUCAUGAAUUGAACUCUAAAGGUGUACGACCUUUUCCAUUAUGGAAGCCUCGGCGUUCGAAUAAUUUGGAGGAGGUAUUAGUCAUGAUUCGAGCAAAAUUUGACAAAGCAAAGGAAGAAGUAGACUCUGAUCUGCGUGUCUUUGCUGCACACCUAGUAGAAACUCUGGAUAAGAAUGCUGAAAGUCAUCCAGAGUGGCAGGAAACUAUUGAGGACCUACUGGUUAUGGCUCGGAGCUGUGCCAUGACAUCGGCUGGAGAAUUUUGGCUGCAGUGUGAAGGCAUAGUUCAAGAGUUGGAUGAUAGGCGUCAAGAGCUUCCUAUGGGUAUCCUGAAGCAACUUCAUACUCGAAUGCUUUUCAUUCUCACAAGGUGUACUAGAUUGUUGCAGUUCCACAAGGAAAGUGGAUUUGCAGAGGACGAACAUGCCCUGCAUCUUCGUCAAUCACUGCAUACUGUAGAUGAGAGGAUUCCUGGAGGUGCAGGAAGAGGUGGGAUCGGAUCUGCAAAGUCUUCGAAGGCUGCAUCAAGAAAAUCAUACAGUCAGGAGCAACAUAGUUUGAACUGGAAGAAAGACCAAGCCAUGCAACCUGAAAGUUUUGUAUCUCCCCCUACUCUAGAGAUUGCAAAGAACUUAGACUCUCCUUCAAACAGGGAUAGAAUGGCAUCUUGGAAGAAGUUUCCAUCUCCUGGAGUAAAAAGCCCUCAGAAAGCUGCUGUGUCAGAGGAUGAAAAAAUUGGUACAGAACCAGAGGCUUCAGAGGUUCUAAAUAAUAGGAAAGGUAGUUCUGAUAUGGAUAUCUCUACUCCGAAGUCUCUUGAACAUCCUCCUAAAGAUUUUCACGGACAUCCAACAAAUGUUUCCAAGCAUCGGCAUAAAGCUUCUUGGGGUCAUUGGGGAGAUCAGACAAACAUUGCUGAUGAAAGCAUAAUUUGUCGCAUUUGUGAGGAGGAGGUUCCUACAUUACAUGUGGAAGAUCACUCUAGAAUAUGUGCUAUUGCUGAUCAAUGUGAUCAAAAGGGUGUAAAUGUUGAUGUGCGCCUUGUGAGGAUUAGCGAAACUCUUGAGAAACUGAUGGAGUCUUUAUCACAAAAGGAUUUCCAACAUGGAUCUCCAGAUGUAGCUAAAGCAUCAAACUCAAGUAUUACUGAGGAUUGUGAUCUACAUUCUCCAAAACUCAGUGACUGGUCCCGUAGAGGCUCAGAAGAUAUGCUCGACUGUUUCCCUGAAGCUGAUAAUUCUGUAUUCAUGGAAGACCUUAAAGGUCUGCCAUCCAUGUCAUGCAGGACACGAUUUGGUCCUAAGUCUGAUCAAGGAAUGACUACGUCCUCUGCAGGUAGCAUGACUCCUAGGUCUCCAAUGACACCACAAACAAACCCGAUGGACUUAUUAUUAGCUGGAAAAAGCUCUUAUUCUGAAUAUGAUGACCUUCCGCAGAUGACUGAACUGGCUGAUAUUGCUCGAUGUGCUGCAAAUACACCUCUAGAAGAUGAUCGCUCAUCACCUUACUUGCUUACUUGUCUAGAGGAUUUAAGAGUUGUAAUUGACCACAAAAAGUUUGAUUCUCUUACUGUCGAGACGUUUGGAGCCCGUAUAGAGAAGUUGAUUAGGGAAAAGUAUUUGCAGCUUUGUGAGCUGCUCGAUGAUGAAAAAGUUGACAUAUCUUCUACAGUUAUUGAUGAAGAUGCUCCAUUAGAUGACGAUGUUGUAAGGAGCUUAAGAACGAGUCCUAUACAUUCUAGCAAGGAUAGAACAUCUAUAGAUGACUUUGAGAUUAUUAAACCAAUUAGUCGUGGAGCAUUUGGUAGGGUCUUUUUAGCAAAAAAAAGAACCACCGGAGAUCUUUUUGCCAUUAAGGUUCUUAAAAAAGCUGAUAUGGUCCGUAAAAAUGCUGUUGAGAGUAUUUUGGCGGAGCGUGAUAUUUUGAUUGCAGUUCGAAAUCCUUUUGUGGUUCGCUUCUUCUAUUCAUUUACAUGUCGUGAAAACUUGUAUCUCGUAAUGGAAUACUUAAAUGGUGGAGAUCUGUAUUCAUUAUUGAGAAAUCUUGGCUGUUUGGAUGAGGACGUUGCUCGUGUAUAUAUUGCAGAAGUGGUGCUUGCUUUAGAAUAUUUACAUUCCUUGCGCAUUGUUCAUCGUGACCUAAAGCCGGAUAAUUUGUUGAUUGCACACGAUGGUCAUCUGAAGUUGACAGACUUUGGGCUUUCAAAAGUCGGUCUCAUCAACAGCACAGAUGAUUUAUCAGGCCCAGCAGUUAGUGGGGCAUCACUUUUAGAAGAAGUCGACUCGCAACUAUCUGCAUCACAGCAUCAACAGGACAGGCGUGCGAAACGUUCUGCUGUUGGUACACCUGACUAUCUGGCCCCUGAAAUUCUUCUGGGAACUGGACAUGGCACAAGUGCUGAUUGGUGGUCUGUUGGUGUAAUUCUUUUCGAGCUGAUAGUCGGUAUUCCGCCUUUCAAUGCAGAGCAUCCUCAGAUAAUAUUUGAUAACAUCCUCAAUCGGAACAUACCUUGGCCUCAAGUUCCUGAAGAGAUGAGCUCAGAAGCAGCAGAUCUGGUUGAUCGGUUGUUGAGAGAAGAUCCUAAUCAGAGGCUUGGAGCCAGGGGAGCAUCAGAGGUGAAGCAGCAUCCUUUUUUUAGAGACAUUAAUUGGAACACACUUGCAAGGCAGAAGGCUGCAUUUGUUCCUGCAUCAGAGAGCCCAAUGGACACUAGCUACUUCACAAGUCGCUUUACAUGGAAUCCUUCAGAUGAGCAAGUUCAUGCAGGCAGCGAGUUUGAGGAUUCUACUGAUAGUGGUAGCAUUAGUGGUAGCAGUAGUUGCCAUAGUAAUCGUCAUGAUGAUGUGGGGCAUGAUUAUUCUGGGGUUGCUGAGUUUGAAUCAGGAUCAUCAGUCAAUUAUUCCUUUAGCAAUUUUUCUUUCAAGAAUCUAUCUGAACUUGCAUCAAUCAAUUACGAUCUGCUUACAAAAGGAUGGAAAGAAGAUUCACCAACGAAUCCCAAUACAUAAACAUUUUCUUGAAUUGAGAUUUUGGCAUUGGAAUAAUUUGAAGUGGGACAAAUCACCAGAGUGUUGUCUGUAUACCUCUGUACAUAAUAGAAGCAGGUUGAAGACAAACUGCAAGAGUGAAAUGAUUCUCUCAAAAAGGAGUGACUGCAUGCUGUCAUCCUCCGUUUGAGCAGUGAUAAUAGUUUGAACAUUUGAAUGUAUGCUGAAUUAACCUGUACCAUUGUGUAUCUGCUUCCGGCUUCAGGCUUAAGGUUAACUUGUUCACCCUCCGGAUCAAUGAGAGUACCUUCCCCGGCUUUGUAAAUUGGGUAUUCUGUACUAUUAUAAGUAUUAUACUAUUAAAGAGUUCAAUUUAACA